AAGCCCGUGGAAUCCUUCGGAUCCGAGUCUCACCAUCAACGGAGCCGUUAAUUUACCUCUCACAGACUUGGAUGUAGCAUAACCUCGAAGGCUUCAUCACGGCUAUUUGAGCUUCGUUAAACUUUCCGUCGCCUCGAACUUUAACUCGGAUAUGGCUGCUGUUCUUGCAGCCGCAAGACCUGCCCUGGUGAUCGUACCUGGCAACUUCAGCUUACCUCGAUUCUGGAGCGCCAUCCAGCGGUCAGUUGAAGACAAGGGCUAUCCGGUCGAAGUUGUUCCUCUUCAGUCUUCUCGUGAGGAAAGGAUUGAUCCUGCGCCAGGUUUGGCCGAUGACGUAAAGGAGGCUCAGUCAGUUCUGAACAAGCACAUUAACCAAGGAAAAGAUGUUGUCAUGCUUAUGCAUUCAUAUGGCGGGAUGGUCGGAACUGAAGCGACUCGCGGCUUGAGUCGCAACGAGCGAGAAAAGGCAGGUCUAAAGGGCGGGAUAACACGCCUGAUCUUUCUGGCUGCGAUCUUUGCACCUCCUGGCAAAAGUACUCGGGGGCUAUAUGAAGCCAACCCAGGCCGUUAUCCCCGCCGCGAGGGCGACUAUCUUAUAUGCGAUGAAGAAACAGCCAUGUGCUUCUACAGCAAUCUCACAAAGGAGCAAGGCCAACAACUAGCUCAGGACGCUUCCAAGAUUUCUCAGGCCGUCAGGGUCUUCGGCGAUGAGCAGACAUACGAUGGCUUCCACAAACUAAUUCCAUCCAGCUAUAUCCUGACUAAGAAGGAUGUGCUUGUUCCCGAACCAGCUCAGAGGCAGUUCAUCUCACGACUGGAAGAGAACGGAGGCCGACCUGUCCCUGUUUUUGAGCUUGAUACGUCUCACUCGCCUCACCAAACGGAUCCCCAGCUGCUAAUGAGAACUUUGGAUAAGAUUCUAGAGCAGGAGCAUGGAUCAGAGUGAGGAACAGAAAGGUCUGAGAAUAGCGUGACUGAAGGUUUUGGUCUAGUCAGAUAGUCAGUAACUUUUACAUAUCAGAUGUUAGUCAAUGGCUCGACAUUCAGGAGCUCUGCAGUUUGACUGUAGUAGAAUAAGACAAGUGACAUACCAUGGCAAGCUGACAGCAUUUCAGGAGUUGGCUGAAAGCUCAGCUGCAGUCGUAGCCGGUUUCCAAUUCAUGUCAGAGAUGAACCAACAGCAGUAAACGCAGAUAGUUCAGAAUCUUCAGCUUUCCGACUUUCCCGAUCAACUCAAGGAUUUCAAUGUAUUGCCAGCCACAUUUCUCAAGCAGCCUAUAAGAUCGUUGGGAGCCAUGUUGGCCCCUGGCGCAAGGGUCGAUCAUGUCUCAGCGCCACUCCCUUGCGUCGCUCCUGUUGAUCAAGAGUCAUCACGCUGUUCAAUUCGGAAAUCGGUAGUUACCAAGUCUAGAUCACGAGGGAGCAUGAUAGUAUUAAUAAGAGAACUAAGAGAUAUUCUUGAG